CUAAUAGAGAUACUAAACGCAGAGAUACUAGAUUUUUUGAUGAUGAAUUUGCGACGACCCAAGAAUUAAAUCAGAGAAUUAAAUUUAGUAGAUAUAAAUUAACAAGUAAAUCAGCUGUUAGUGCUAACAAAAAAUACCCAGUUAUGAGAUUGAUAUUUACCAGAGUUCAUCAAGAUAAUAAUGAUUUAUGGAAUGAACCCUUUAUACCUGGACAAUUUAUCGAAGUACAAUCUCGUAUUAAAGGACAGGUUGUCGUUAGAAGUUAUACUCCUAUUGAAGGAAAAUUGUCAAAAUCAUUUUCUAUUUAUGUUAAAGUUUAUCCUAAUGGAUUAAUGUCAAAACAUUUGAAUGAACAAUUGAUAGGGUUCGAAAUUCAAGUUCGUGGACCCUUUGACGUUUCAGAUAGAAUUGGACUCGGUAGUUUACAAGGAGAAACAAUGAGAAGAUCUAGUAUUCUCGUGCCUCCUUCCCCCUCAUCACCAUUAAAAGGUUCUUUGCUAAAUCCAAAUAGUUUUGAUGGAUGUUGGGACGAAUUAUUCAUGAUUUGUGGAGGAACCGGUAUAACUCCAAUGUUGCAGUUAAUUAGAUAUCACCUUGCACAUAUUAAAAGUAAUGAUGAAACUGGAAAAAGUCAUAGAAGAAUUCAUAUGCAUUUAUUAUUUGGUAAUAGAACUAUCGAAGAUGUAAUUGAUGGUAUAAGAUUAGAAGAAUAUUCAUUUUCAAGUAGAGGAAUGCUUACAAUCAGUUACGUUCUUUCGAACCCACCCGAAGGAUGGUCAGGUUUACAAGGACACAUUAACCCGGGAAUAAUACAAAAAUGGUUAAGCACAUCAUCUGUAUCACAAUUUGGAGAUAUACAUAAGUGCAAUACUUUACGUGCGCAUGGAUAUGAUUUACCUAAACAAACAACGUUAAUAUGUGACGAACCUCCACCAAUACCUGCCAAACCAUCGUUAUCAUCUCGUGAUGAUCUUCUUUCGUCGCCUAAAUAUCAAGGGUACUCUUCACCAUGUCCUCAAACAAUUACGGAAGAACCAACGUCAAGAGUUAAUCUUCCACAAAUUGAAACAACACGACACAAACCUGCUCCUCUAGAUUCAAAUAGUUUGCAUUCACCAUCACAUAGAUCACCCACUUCAUAUCAUCCAUUAUAUAACCAUGAAGGGCAUGAAGAAAAUCAUGAGAAAAUGCGAGGUUCGACUUCUAAUGCUAUAAUGAAUUUGUCAAACUUUAAAAUUAUAGUGUGUGGUCCACCGGGAAUGAUAACGAUUGUUGAGCAAACAUUAUCUGAAAUGGUGUAUUAA